AUGUCGACCUCGGGCCUGCCGGCGCGGACGCCGCUGUCCCAUUGGAACGGCGGCCAGCGCAAGGCCCUCGUCAUCCCCACCGUCGCCGCCUCCGUCAUGAUCCUCCUCCUCGUCCUGGCCAACAUGUCGUACCUCUUCGGCGCCACCUUCCAGCAGAGCAAGCGCAUCCACGCCCUCAAGAUCCUCGCCGUCGACCUCGACGGGGGCGCCGUCGGCUCGGCGGUCGCCGGCGCCUCCAGGAGCUUCCAGGCCGCCAACUUCCCCACCAUCGAGCUCGCCUCGGCCUCCGAGUACUCGACCCCGGCCGCCGUCAGGAACGCCGUCUGCAAGGGCGGCUACUGGGGCGCCAUGUACGUCCACGAGGGCGCCUCCGACAAGCUCGCCGCCGCCGUCGCCGGCACCUCGGGUACCACCGCCGCAUCCGCAUCCUCAUCCGCAUACAACGCCGCCGACGCCGUCACAUACAUCUACAACCAGGCCCGGUACCCGGCCAUCGCCGACUCGGUGCUCCAGAGCAGCAUGCAAAAGGUCGUGGCCGCCUCGCGGGGCUUCUACUACCAGUCCCCCAACGGCACCGCCGCCCUCCGGUCCCUGAACACGACCGACCCGGCCGCCCUCGCCGCCUUCCUGAACCCCAUCUCGUCGACCCCGGCCCUCAUCGGCGUCCAGCCGCAGGCGAGCCGCGUCUUCUUCAACACGGUCAACGUCAUCGUCCCGGCCCUCGCCCAGUUCUUCUACGUCCUCGCCCUCAACGGCAUCGGCCUGAGCUCCGGCCUGCUCGCCACCGUCCGCGUCCGCGACGUCUGGCUGCUCCGCUUCGGCAUCGGCAAGCUCUACGGCCUCCUCACCGCCCUCGUCGUCACCGGCUACCUCUGGGCCUUCCGCGAGGACUGGCAAGUCGGCGGGCCCGAGUUCGGCAAGUCGCUGCUCGUCUUCUGGCUCUACAUGGACGUCCAGUGGCAGGUCCUCGAGGCCCUCAUCGACUCCUUCAUGCCCAUCCAGCUCGUCCCCUUCUUCUUCCUGACCUGGAUGCUCACCAACGUCGCGAGCGCCGUCUUCCCCUUCGAGAUCAUGGCCGGCUUCUACCGCGUCGGCUACGCCCUGCCCGCCCACGGCAUCUACUCCCUCCUGGUCCAGGCCUGGACCGGCUGCGCCGACCAGACCCGCGUCGCGCUGCCCGUCCUGUUUGCCUGGUGGAUCGUCGGUCACGUCGGCUCCGUCUUCUCCAUCCGCAAGCGGUGCGCCGAUGCCUCCAAGAUGGCUGCCGCCGCCGCCGCCAAGGCCCCGGCGGCGCAUGGGGACAACGUCUCGAUCCCUCCCCGUUCCCCCAGCACCGAGAUGACUCUGCGGUCGGACGAAGAGCAGGUCCGCAACGAGAAGUGA